CGAAAUGUCAAAUCCAACAUGGCGGCUUCCGCGUAAACAACAUGUCAACAGGCAUUCGCCCGAAAUGCCACGAGCAGUGCCCUAAAGCCCACAAAAACUUAUCGAAAUCUGUAUUUAUUGACACAAAGAAACCAAGUGAGGACUUCUGGAAGAGUUUACUUCAAGAAAAAUGUCCAGAAGAAUUGUGUGAUGUAAGUGAAGGUCUCUUGAAUGACUCAGACCUAACUCCUGAUGACUUCCUCUCUUCAAUUGAUCAAGAAACAAGCAUUAAAGAGCAUGUCAAUAGGACACAAUAUGAGUCUGACCAGCAAAAGUUUCCCAGUCAUGAAUUCAAGACUCCAGCAACCCAGAAAACUAGACAGUUCAGUCAUCUGGAUCGCACGCCAAAUUUAUUCACCCAAGACUCACAAGAGCAUGUCACUCCCAAUAACAUCCCUGGAAGCCAUACUGUGGAAAGAGAAGAGAGUCUUGUUGGAGGUUUAGUUCAGGUGCACAGACCAUGGGAAAGUCUGAUAAAAACUCCAGAAACUCUGGAGCAGCUGAUAACAGAGAAGCAGUCAUGUAGGCCUAGCUUACCAAUGCUGGAUGUAUCUGAAGCCAGAGAUGAUACCAUAGAGUGGACUGAGUCAAUGGCCACCCCACCAAGACAGAAGGAUGACGGGAUUGAUGAGGGUGAGCUUAUGGAUACAAAGAUCACGGUGGGGGAGAAGGGGACAAAGGUUGCUAGGACAUUGUUUUCAAAGAAAAACCUCCAGAAUGAGUCUGACAACACAUCACUUGAAGUCACUUCUCUCCCUGAACUGGAGGAAAACUCUGAACUCUCAUUAAUGCCUUUUGCUUCUGAAAAUACAACAAAGACCACAUCGAACAGAUCAGAACGAGAGCCUGUCCCAGCUGUCAGUCCACUGGUCUCCUCACAAGAAGUGACAAGUUUCCACGCUCUACCUCAAUCAACCCCUAAGAUCACAAAAAUAAAUGUCAAGCGGAGGGAUAAACGUCAUAGGAGAGGUCGCAGAAAGAAACUUUGUAAGACAACAUCAAAAGGGGUUGAUGGUUCAGGGUCUUCAGAGCAAAGCAGUCACAGCCCUUUAACUCCAGAUGUAGAUUUUACAGUGUGCGAUGACAUUAACCCUAGUCAACACUCUCAAAAACAGAUAUCUUCUCAUCAACAAUAUAGUAGUAAUUUAGAGUUAUUAAACUAUGAAACGACAAGUAUUAGUCGUCAGGAAUUAGAGGAAAACAGUACUUCUGGACUUUGCCGGAGUCUGACAUUGCUUGAUGAUACGUUGGUAUCGUGUUGUGAGCGUUCUCUAGUAUCUAUUGAAUCCCAAGAAGCUUUGGAGAAACCUUCUGUGUCAAAGACUGACUCUUACAUGGCCUGCACUUCAGCAGAGUUUGGAGACUCUUACAGUGGUAUUGCUGAUCGUCCAAAUGGGUCUAAAUGUUGUAGUAAUACUUCUCAAAAGGCUUCGUUUGCUGUUUCUGCUGUUCACGCGCAAACGUUUUCUCCUUUCCCCUGUGAGAGCAGUACCUCAGGCUUUGUUCUACCAAGUGACACCCUUGAUGCAAUGGAUAUAAGCAUUGGUUCACUUUCUACCUCAUUUGAAGAGGCUUUGGCGACAGAGGUAGACAGGGCUGGGACGUCAGAUGUUUCCACUAGAAAUUCUGAUCGUAGUAAAGAUAUUCCAGAUGACAAACCUCAGAACACGAGUCGUGCCAAAACACAUCUAGGUCUGGACCCACAAGUGACUGAAGCUGUCCCUUCAAUAUUGAGAUCCGAUAGUUUGCUUAAAACCAGUAACAGACGCACUGAAUCUGCGCCAGAUAAUCCAACAACAAGGCUAGCAAAGGUGACACCAUCUUGUAAGGUUCCAGGUCUGAAGAGAUUGUCCAGAAAUAGAAGAUUCCUUUAUCCAACCCCGCGAAGGGAAUUCGCUGAAUUAACUGAUGGAUUAUAUAAGAAGAUGCCAAAAACCACAGAAAGUGAUAUGUGCCGCAAAGCUACAGAAACGCCAAAGUCUAUUCCUGAAAACAGUGCGAAAGGACUAUUUCCAGAUAAUGAAAUCAAAGGGGAAAAGCCCAGUGCGUCUGAAGACCUCAAGUUAGAUAAUAUAGAUAAUAAUCCUGAUUGUUCAACAUUAGAUACCCAUAAACCGCCUCAAGAUGGUGAAUUUGUAGGCUUCAGGACUGGGUCGGGAAAGACUGUUGAUAUCUCUGAGAAGGCCUUACUCGAAGCAGCAAAGUUUGUUGCAUCAAUCAACAAGUCAUGUGAUCAAAUGUCUAUUUCAACCCCAGGUUCUGUUAAGAAAGCUGGCAACUCAUGCGAUAAUGUGUCUAAUCCACCCUUAAGUCCUGCCUAUGUGGCUGGCAAGGUAUAUGAUCAGGUAUCCGGUCCCCCUUUGCCGGGCGAAUCAACUGGGAAGGCGCAGGCAUCUGUUCUGCCCCGACCUGCUGAUAACUGGGAACAAGAGGAAGGUACGCUUGGUGCUGAAAGCUACGCGAAUGAACCACUAUUUGACAUGGAUGCGUUGAGUCAAUUCCCUGUUGAUGAAAUAGAAUCUCUUGAAGUUAGAAAUGGCGACGAGGAUAUUAGAAAGUCGACUCCAAAGAAAAAUUACGUUAAAUCUGCAAGUAAAGGCACUAGUGAUCUUUCUUCUUUUCAAAUGAAGUGUGUCAUGGAUACAGGCAAAAAUUUUGGAUUUAUGACCUCAAGUGGCAAGAAGCUGUCAUUAUCAGAAGAUGCGUUGCGUGAGAUCAAGGCUGAGCUUGAUCAGCUCGAGCAGGAUUUGAAUAAUGGGUUGUCUGUUGAUGACUCGCUGGACGAUUCCCUCGUUUCACAUGCAGACGCUUUGGAUGCAUGUGGUGAAUCUUUGCCAUCUCGCCAAAAUAACAAACCUGUUAAUCCAGAUACAAAUACUGUUUUAGUAGAUGAUGAACCUGGUAUUAAUAAAGUUCCGGGGCCUAUUGAUUGGAAUCGAGACGGUAACAAAGAUGAUUGUUCGGAGUUACAAGGAUUUCACACCGCCAGUGGCGUGAAACUUAAAGCAUCAGAGAGGUCCCUGCAAAGCGCUAGACGCAUGUGGGAGAGUUGUUCUGUGAGUGAUGACCAGGCCCCUAGACAUAAUGAAUUUACCAAUCAGUGUAAUAUGUCUCCUACCUUACAUUUGACUCGGGAAUUAAGUGAUGCUGACUCGAUUGUAAAAACACAAGUGAAGAAACCAUCAGGGUUUAAAACAGCAAGUGGCAAGAAAAUCGACAUUUCUAAAGAAGCGUUAAAGAUAGCACGUGAAUUACUUGAAGACGUAGAUUUAAAUUAUUUAGGUGACGAAUUUGACACAUUUAAGAGCGAUAAUCACUCUGUCCUCUCCGAAUUUGGAACGAGUUUAGAGAUGAUAAGCGAUACGAAGAAUGGAACAAUUUCUGUGCCUUUACAUCAUAAUACGAGCACGGUCAGCAUGAGAGAAUAUCACGAGUUGGGGCAUCAUGAAAAUGUCAAGAAACCGCCAUUCUCCGGAUUCCAAACAGCAAGCGGAAAAAAGGUUGAAAUCUCAGAAGAGUCGUUACAUACGGCGAGGGAUAUGCUAAGACGGUUAGAUAUGGAUGACCAUAUGUCCUGUCAAGUCGGUAAAAAUGUUGCUCGUACCCGAUCUGUAGAGGUACCAAGUAUAGCAGGAAAAACAUCAAGGCAAAUAGACAUUGAGGACAAAAAUGAAAGGUGUCGCGCAAAGAUGGCAAUCCGUUCUCGUUUUCAGACUGCGAGUGGGAAGAAGGUUGAAAUAUCAGAAGAGUGUCUAAAGAAAGCAAGAGAGACAUUCAAGCAGAUUGACAUGGGUGACCAAAUAAACCCUCAAGAUAGAACCUCUCGACAUGUUAAUGUAAAACCCCAAAUCGUUUCUGGAUUUCAGACUGCAAGUGGAAAGAAAGUUGAAAUAUCUGAAGAAUCGUUAAAGAAAGCCACAGAAAGAUUCAAGCAGAUCGACAUGGAUGACGAAAUACCACCUCAAGAUAAAACCGGUAGAAAUGUUAAUGUCAAAGCCCAAACCUUUUCUGGAUUUCAGACUGCGAGUGGAAAGAAAGUUGAAAUAUCAGAAGAGUGUCUAAAGAAAGCAAGAGAGACAUUCAAGCAGAUUGACAUGGAUGACCAAAUAAACCCUCAAGAUAAAACCUGUAGAAAUGUCAAUGUCAAAUCCCAAACAUUUUCUGGAUUUCAGACUGCAAGUGUAAAGAAAGUUGAAAUAUCUGAAGAAUCGCUCAAGAAAGCCAGAGAAACGUUCAAGCAGAUUGAUUCAGAAGAUCUGACACUUCCUCGUGAAGAAACCGAAAGAAAUGUGAUUAUGGCAACUUUCUCUGGAUUUCAGACUGCAAGUGGUAAGAAAGUUGAAAUAUCUGCGGAGGCUCUUAAGAAAGCAGGAGACACAUUCCAACAAAUCAAUAUGAAUGAUCUAAGCGAAGAGAAACCGUCUCCUUUUCCCGGGUUUCAUACAGCAAGUGGAAAGAAAGUUGAGAUAUCUGAAGAAUCAUUAAAGAGAGCAAGAGAGACGUUUCAGCAGCUUGAAGGUGAGGCCGAUAGAAAUGCCCAUGACGAAUCAGCUGUGACUUUUUCGGGGUUUCAGACUGCAAGUGGAAAGAAAGUUGAAAUAUCUAAAGAAUCGCUCAAGAAAGCCAGAGAAACGUUCAAGCAGAUUGAUUCAGAAGAUCUGACACUUCCUUGUGAAGAAACCGAAAGAAAUGUGAUUAUGGCAACUUUCUCUGGAUUUCAGACUGCCAGUGGGAAGAAAGUGGAAAUAUCUGAAGAAUCAUUAGAAAAGGCAAGAAAAGUCCUCGGUGAAGUCGAAGGAAUUGACUGUUUAUCAGGACAUACAUUUAAUACGCGGUCAGAAAAAGGAUGCUUAGAAAAAAGGGACUUGGUUGCAACUGAUCAGCUGGUCCCACCCUCUAGAUCCUCGGGCGGGACAUUAGAUAUAAAAAAGGAAACAGUCUCGCCGAAAUCAAUCCCACAGUCAACAGUCAGGACACCAAAUAUACCUGCCAAAAAUCCCUCUGUCCAUGCAAAUCGAUCAUUGAAUUCUGGAAAAGAUGUAGUUAAGGGAGCUCAAACACAUGUCCAAACUCCAACUGCCCCUAGACUUGGCUAUGAUGAGAUGAUGCACCGAGAAAUCCAGGAGAGUUCAGCAGCUCUUCAGGAAGACGAUUCAACGACUGACUUCGCUGGAUUCCUCUGUGAUGAAAAAAGCAUUGAGAAGGCGGGUAACUUCACUGCAACAGCAAAGACACUCGCUGCAGGCCAUGUCAAGGUGAUGUUAUCAGGAAGGCAGAGUAGAUCUUCACACCCCUCGGAUCUUCAGCUUGGUGACAAAGGCUCUUACUCCAACAGCAGUGUCCAGCGGAGCCAGUCUGCCCCAAUUGUGAUGCAAGGAUCUAGAGUACCGUCGGCACAACCUCGCCGUCACAUGACACCACAGACUAGCACGCCAUCAGGAGUCCUGUUUAAUAGACGGUCAAGAAAGCUCACACCUCCGAUGAAGCCUCGUAUCACGGAGCCGGCUUCUCUUGCUGGGGGGAACACAAAUACAAAGUCAGACACUCGGAGGCUUUUCGCGCGCAAACCCGUCUCUACCAUCCCCUCCCCGUCAUCGGUCCCAGGACACUCGGUCAAGAGGAAGCAGUUUGCUACGCCAUUCCGUGCGCAUGCUAGCACUGCGUCGGCCGCUGAGAAUUCAAUGCAGACUCCAUCUGUGGUAGCACCUGACCGGAAGCGUCCCCGUUUUUCUGGUCCUCUCCCUAUAUCGCAGCCCGUAAAGGCAGCAGCUGGAAGCAGUACCAAGCCAUGUUUGGGAUACCUGUCUAAGCUACGUAACGCAGCCUUGUCACGGCCAACACUAAAGCAAUACGUUGGUAACGCAACACCUGGCCACUACACAUCCCAUGAGUUGGAUAACCUUGGCGUAUCAGGAGAGGUACAAGCGGUGACCAGUGCUAACGCGGGUUCAUUUCGGUUCGACGGCCGUGCAUUUUGUAGCGAGCAUGCGCGCGCAACUGAAGGAGGCAUCAGGACUGAGGAUGGGGGUCUGGUACGACUUGGCUCAGAUGGACGAGUAGGAUUGGAAGAGAUAGAAGCUGCGUUUCUCGGUACCCCUGGGGUAGACCCUAGUCUUGUGUGUACUGGAUGGGUGGCUAAUCACUUCCGGUGGAUUGUGUGGAAACUUGCUGCUCUCGAAGUGUCCUUCCCACAGUGCUUCGCCGGCAGAUGUCUGACGCCUGACUGGGUAAUGUGCCAACUUAAGUACCGCUACGACCUCGAAAUCGACCGAUCGCACAGGUCUGCAUUAAAAAAAGUCCUCGAGCGUGAUGAUGCUUCCACGAAAACUAUGGUGCUGUGUGUUUCUGGGGUGAAUCCCCCGGAUCUGAAUCAAGAAAAUGGUACCUCAAACAAGAUAACAGAUGAUGAAGCCACGCCGAUCAGGGGGAGUACACCUUUGAGGCAUCAGACGUGCGGCACAAUUACAGUCACAGAUGGUUGGUACAGCGUCCAGGCCUCACUUGACAGACCCCUUGACCACUUGGUCCGCACCGGACAAAUACAUGUCGGACAAAAGCUGUGUGUUAACGGAGCUGAGCUGAUUGGUUACGACCAGCCUGUGUCGCCCCUGGAGGCGCCCAACUCCCUAAUGCUGCGUUUACACGCCAACUCUACUCGCAGGGCACGAUGGAACGCACGCCUGGGGUUUCAGCGCCAUUCUCAUCCCUUCCCUCUACCCCUCGGGUCGUUGUUUGCUGAUGGAGGGGCUGUAGGUUGUGUGGAUGUUGUUGUUUUGCGGACAUACCCUUUGGAGUUCAUGGAGAAACUUUCUGACGGGACGACAGUGUUUCGUUGCGCACGCGCAGAAGAUCGCGAGUCAAAGCACUACCACAUGGAACAGGAACGCGCUAGAGAAGACUUGCUAUCACGUGUGCAAAGUGAGAUUGAAAACGAGGCGGGACAAACUGACUCGCUACCCAAGUUAUCUAAGCGCAUGCGUAGAUCGUGCUCUACACGUGACGUCAUGAAACUCACUGGAGGCAAGGAAAUCAACGAGGCGCUGAGCUCGGCCCCAGACCCCAGCACCCUAGAGGAGUGCCUGGAUUGCGAUCAACUCCGCUCGUUACAGGAGUACAGGCGGACGCUGAUGGAAGAGCAGCGAAGGGACAUGGAGGAGCGCUUUCAGCAGGCCUGGCAGGAACACAUUCAGGGUGUCUCUCCGCGGAGUGUCGUCCCGCUGCUCAAGCUGCGGAUUGGUAAUUACCAUGACAACGAGAGGGACAAGACAGUGGCGACGUUGAGUAUCUGGCGGCCCAGUGAAGAGAUCAUGCAGAUGCUGACCGAGGGCAGCAGGCUCAAGAUUUACCACCUCUCGUCCUCGCCCUCCAGGUACCGAGGGGGUUCUGCUUUGCAGCUCUCCGCCACACGCAGCACUCGCUACCAGUCAGUCGCGAGUGAGCCUGACACACUAAAGGAACUGUACACACCCAGACAGGCUGCAUGUUUCUUUGAGCUGGACCAGUGUACCGUCAACUCGGAGGUCGACCUAGUCGGUGUGGUGGUACAUGUGAAGACACAUGAGGGGUCCAGUCUAGAGACGCUCUACCUGGCUGAUCAUGAGCAUAGUAUUGUUGCUGUGAAGUUCUGGGGAGGAUUGAAGACCUAUUGUGUCGAAGACUUGGCGCAGCGCGGUUCACUUGUGUCGUGCAGUAACCUGGUGGUGAGGCUUCGUGAGCGCCAUAAGUGUCCUGUACUCUCCUUCAACGAGCUCUCUGUCCUUUCACUCAAGCCUCGAAACAAGCACCUGAAGGUUGCUCUAGAGCAGCUCAAAAUGGCUAUUGAUGACAUGGAAAUCUUCUUAGCUUGCUCAAAGCAGCCUUUAGAGGACGCCAUGAACACUCCUAAUAGGCCUAGCCAACAGGGUGUGACAGAAGAGGACCGCACAAGCCCAUCUUCAAUAUGGAGCAGAAAGAGCCCUUCAGUUUGCUACUUAGGAACACCUGCUGGUCGAAUGAGUGGCCAGUGUAAGAGGAAGCUUCUAGAAAGUGUAUCUGAGCCCCCGCCACUCCCGACGCUAAAUAUAUUAGCGUCCGCGGGUGUAAGGAGGGAAUUUAAGAGGCCACGGAAAGUAUCUUGAGGGGCACAAAGGAGUCGGGAUGAGCAAAUGCACUAAGGAAAUGAGAGGAAGACCCGAAAGCAUAGGAACCCACGAAAUGUUUACCCAGGAAACUGAGGAACGAAGGAAGAUCCUCAAAAACAAGAGGCCAGGGAAAUCCUGGCGAAACUCGAGUAUGCAGAAAUGCCCUGUAUGUCAAGACGUAUAAAGUGGAAAACAGUAGAAAGUUGUUUGAGAUGCAGGUGUUUUUUUACACUGUCGGUAUAACCGUGAUGGUACGUCCAUGGUAUAACUUCGUCACAUCGGAACUUGGUCUUUAAAGUACUAGUCCGAUAAGACCAGAAUAAUUUCAUAAGAACUCCUCUUUAUUUAGGUAUGUUGCGCCCCGACAUUAAUGUAUCGUAGGCUGUGAGACCCUAUACAAAUGAGAUGCUCAUACCUCAGGGUAAAUGUGGUACUGUGGUAGUCACAACGUUAGUUUUUAGUGCUGGCGAUUCAUUUUUUCUUCUUCGGGAAAUUAUCCUUUUAGCUGUAUUCAUUUUGUGCCGAUCUCGAUUUCAACUGGUCUGUUAUUAGUUAACAUCCUCGUAGAAACUUCCUCUCCUAAUUAACUAACAAAGUGAUUUCUGCAGGGAGGUAUUUAUAGGUUUUAAUAGCAUAUUGGAUGCGUGCGCUCAGUAGCGUUCUAAAUGUUAGAUCAAGAAGAUUGUAAUACUUGCAUGGAUCCUUUUAUGAUCCAGUAAAAUUGUUAUUGAUUCUUCAUGCAAUUACGGGAUUGCGUUUACUGUUUGUUUUUUUUAAGGGAUUUAUUGGCGCUGUCAUUGUAGUACAAAGUUCUUGUAGCACUUGUUUUUUCGAAUAUGCUUUUAGCAUGUGGAUUUUAAUUCAAGGGUCAUAUUGGCUUUUUAGUGUACAUAAUCUGAUAAUGACAGCGCACAAAAUAUUUGUCUUGAAAAAUGUAAAAAGAAAAGGAAAUUGUUACUGUUUUGAACAUGUUUUCAGAAUAUAUUUAAAUUUAUGUAAAUUGAAGGAAUAAUUGAUGUUCUGGUAUGAAAUAAGAAAUAUAUUACAGUGUUGACAAUAUAUAGAAAAUUAUGAGAUAUUUCAAAUAAAAAGUGGUGAAUGUUCUCUCUA